AGCACCAUGGCACAGAGAGAGAGAGAGAGAGACACAGCAGUUCUUGAGACAGCAGUUCAGUUCUUUGAACACCUUGGCUAAGUUGGGCUUGCCAGAAUUGCCCUCUUGAAGCUGAUUGGACACCUCCCUCCCGUGCCCGAACACAGGGAGAGGCGCCGGUCCGUUAAAAGCGAACGAAUUGGGAAGAAACUUCAUCUGGGUCGUCGUCACUGGUUAGUGUCUCUCUUCUCCCAGGUGGAAGUUAGCUCUCUGCCCGCUUGCUCCUUCUUCUUAUUCCCCCUGUUUCGGGUCGUGCGGCGGCGGCGGCGGCGGCUGCGAUGGAGGGGGACGGCGGCGGAGGUGGAUCGCCGGCGAGGGUGGUCAACGACCGGGUCUACGUCGCGGUGGGGAGGGACGUGCGGGAGAGCAAGCCGACCCUCUUGUGGGCGUUGGAUAAUUUCGGAGGCGACUUUCGCAUCAUCCAUGUUCACCAGCCUCGUCAGAUGAAUCCAUCUCCACGUCCUCAAGAACUCGCAAGGCAAGAGAUGGAAAGCAUUCUGGCUGAGUACAUUCACAUGUGUGACCAAGCAGGGGUUCCUGCUAAGAAAAGAUACGUUGAGACGCAAGAUAUAGGAAAAGGGAUUGUGGAACUUAUCGAGCUGCAUGCCAUUACGAAGCUUGUCAUGGGAGCAGCUGCAAACAGACGCUAUUUUGAAGAGAUGAGACAACUCACAUCCACGAAAGCCAAAUUUGUAAACCAGCAUGCGCAUCCAUCUUGUCGUAUUUGGUUUGUCUGCAAUGGGAACCUAAUCUGGUCAAGGGAAGGUGAUUUAAACACUUUUGAUAUGGACAUCGCACCAUCGGUAUUACCUGGUGGUUCUGUUGGUGAAUCUGGACACCAAAAUAUGAGGAGUCCUUCUCUUGGUUCGGUUCAUUCAAGAUCCAACUCUAGUGAAGUCGAAGAUGAUUUAGCUUUGGUUCGAUAUGAAAGGGGUGAGGGGAGCAACCACAUUACUGAAUCAAAUUCAGUGCGUGCAUAUGAAGGCUACAGUCAAAAUCAAAGUUAUACUGGAAGGGAAGGGAGUUAUAGCGAGGAUCUCUACAAACAACUUGACCAAGCAUGUGAAGAAGUUGCGCGUGCAAAACGGGAGGCACUAGAAGAGUUGAUCCGGCGUCAAAAAGCUGAGAAAACAGCGAAUGAUGCUACCCGCAAACUUAAAGCACUUGAAAAUGCAUUCAAUGAGGAGCUAAGAAGGAGGAAAGAUCUUGAGGAAUUGCUAGCAAAAGAAAAGGAAGCAUUCGAACUGCUGAAUAAACAGCAUGAGGAACUACAGACGCUGAGCGAGGAACUCUUGGCUAACCAAACAAGCGAACCCUCAAGUGCACGUGGACAGGCGUUAAUUUAUGAGUUUUCGUUCUCAGAAAUACAGGAAGCUACCGAGAGUUUUGAUUCAUCGUUAAUGAUUGAGGAAGGGGAGUAUGGGAGCACUUACAAAGGUUCGCUUCAUCACACGCCGGUGGCCAUAAAGAUGCUGCACCUCUGCAACUACCAUCAUGAGAUUCAAGUUGCGACUAAGUCGAGGCAUCCUAAUUUGGUAAGCCUCAUUGGAGUCUGCCCCGAUGCUUCGGCUGCCAUUUAUGAAUACCUCCCUAAUGGCAGCCUUGAAGACCAACUCGGUGCCAGGGACAGCAGCAACCAUCUAUCUUGGCAAACUCGAAUACAUAUUUGUGCAGAUACAUGUGCUGCACUUGUGUUUCUUCAUUCUUGCUACGGUAUGGUACAUGGUGAUCUGAAACCGGGAAAUAUUCUUCUUGACUCAAACUUCGUGGCCAAAAUAACGAACUUUGGAUUGCAUUCUGCCCAGUCUCAUUCCCCCACGACAGGAGAAUUAUCUUUUGCCUCUGAUGUUUAUUCAUUUGGUAAUGUGUUAUUGCGGUUACUGACUGGGAGAUCAGCCCUGAAUUUAGAUGAAGUGAUGCAAACUGCAUUAGAUGUAGGGAAUUUAAGUGUCGUGUUGGAUCCUACAGCAGGGAACUGGCCAUUCGAGCAAGCCAAGGAGCUGGCUCACCUGGCAUUAAGUUGCCGUGACAGUGAUAGCAAUAAUCGACCGUGUCUUAGGUCACAGGUGUGGCCGGUACUUGAAAGGAUGCGAACCCGUUGUGAAGCCUCAUUAUCCAGUCGGUCUGGUCCAGAAGAGCCUGGCCAGCCUCCUCAAUAUUUCACUUGUCCUAUCUCCCACGAAAUCAUGCGAGAUCCUCAUGUGGCGGCAGAUGGUUUUACUUACGAAGCAGAGGCAAUAAGGCUCUGGCUUAGAGACCACGAUACUUCACCCAUGACGAAUCUUCAGCUUUCAAACCGUGGGCUUUUCCCGAAUCAGACUGUCCGCUCAAUGAUUCAAGAGUGGCUGCAAAACCAUUGAUCCUUAAUUUUGGCAUGGAAUUGUAUCAUAGGCGUUUUGGUUUCUAGGUCUUGGGUGUCGGUUUGACCACCUCGCAUUUACCGUCUGUACAUACCAUGAGUGGAUUUCUCAGUGUGCAUAUGCUACGAAAUGUGCUUAGAAUUGCAUGAAAUCUAUUUCAACUGUAUCUCCAUAUCACGUAAUUUAACCAUGAUCUUGUUAUCCUUCUUUGCA